AGUGAGGAGGUAAUCAUUGCACGUGUGGAUUACUGUCAGCACCCAGGUGACUGGACCGAUGAGAUGAUACUAAAACACAACAGGAGUCCUCUUCUGCUCGCCGUCACCUGCAUGUACUUUUCAGGAGGUUUGCUUUGGUCCUACCAAGAGGAGGAUGCCAGUGACGGUGAAGAGUGCUCUGAGAAUAACAUUUCUACAACAAAGUACCCCUGCCUGAAGUCGACUGGAGAAGUUACAACAUGCUACAGAAAGAAAUGUUGCAAGGGCUUCAAGUUUGUGUUGGGACAGUGCAUUCCUGAAGACUAUGACGUGUGUGCUGACGCCCCCUGUGAGCAACAGUGUACUGACCAUUUUGGUCGAGUGGUGUGCACCUGCUACCCUGGCUACCGCUACGACCGUGAGCGCCACAGAUACCGAGAGAAGCCCUACUGUCUGGACAUCAACGAAUGUGCAGACAAAAACAUGACUACGUGCUCUCAGAUCUGCGUCAAUUCUGUGGGGGGCUACAGGUGUGAGUGUGAGAAAGACUAUUUCCUGGAAGAAGAUGGGAAAACAUGCACCAAGGGGGAGAGAGCAGUGCAUCUCUUUGAGAAGUCCGACAACGCGAUGAAUGCUGGAACGUGCUCCGCCACAUGUGACGAUUUCCACCAGAUCAGGAUGUCUGUCCUGCAGCUUAAACAGAAGAUGGCCGUGCUGUCAAACAGUGCUGACGUCCCUGAGCAGAUGACCAGCGAGAAAAUCCUGACGUCGCCUAUAUUUUUACCAGGACCUUCAGGUCUCCCUGGUCCUCCAGGUGAUCCAGGACGAGAAGGUCCUCCAGGACUUACAGGACUGCUGGGGCCCCCUGGACCUCCUGGUCCCAGGGGCUUGAUGGGACCCAUUGGACCUACACCGGACCUGUACCACAUCAAACGGGGCCCCAGAGGACCCGUGGGGCCUCCGGGAGCAGCAGGAAAAGAUGGCCUAAAGGGGGGUAGAGGAUCUCCCGGGCCUGUCGGACCACCAGGCCCUCCAGGCUCCUUUGAUUUCCUGCUCCUGCUGAUGGCAGACAUCCGUAACGACAUCGCUGACCUGCAGAGCAAGGUGUACGGUCGACCGAUGCACUCCCCAGGGGAGGACUUUCCUGCAGUCCCUGACAGCUGGCGGGACGACCAGGACAAUCUGGAGGCGGGCUCAGGGGAGGACUACAAGGAGCCUACACCUCGAACAGCUGAAAGAUCAAAGAAGAACAGGAAGAGGAAACCAGCGCGAGAGAGAACGGACUUUGACUAGAAUAUUUAAAGGGGGGUGGGUUUAAAUAGUGUCAGGUGUAAAUAUUGAAGUGGUUUGCUUUUUUAUUUAAACAGAAUGCACUGUAUGCCUUUUGAUCACAGAUGUUUAUUUUUGUAUGAUAUACAAGUUUGUGUGACUAUUUUUUAACAAAAUGAGUAGACUGUGCAAAUGCAUGUUUUUUUAUUCUAUAUUUUUAGAAACAUAUGGUUCCUUCACGGCACAUUAAACAAGUCUCAUUAAAGCAGUUUUUAUGUCUUUACUUUAUGACGGUAUAUUAUUCUGUUUCACACAAAUUGUGUAAGAAAGGGAGCCAACCAAUACCUAAAUGAAAACACAGAUUAUGAACGAUUCUUUCGCCCCAUUGUCAACAAAGUGAAUAUUGGACCCAUUUUUCAUAAGACUCAUAGAACACUUCCACAGAAAUACACAUACAAGGACAAAAAAGCUAAACAAAGAUGGUUAAACAUUAACAGAACUAUUAUGUUCAUACAAGUAGGCGAAUAAAAUAGAUGCAUAAUAUAAAUAUACACAGUAAGAUGUUGGAUGGCUGAUUGUUCUCCACCAGAGGGAGACAUUCUCAAAGCCUCUUACAAGAUUCUGGGUUACGUAAGUUAUUUGCUGAACAUUACUGAGAAAUAAAUGGCUGACUAAUGACUCUCUAACACAUGACCAUAUGAUUACUCACUCUGAUAUAUAUUUAAAAAAAAGCAAUGCUGCUAAUAAUUUAAACUCCAAAUCAAGGAUCCUGACUCAGAACAUUUACAUAACAAUACAUCUUCAGGUCAAAUAAUAAUAAUAAUAAUAAUAAUAAUAAUAAUAAUAAUAAUAAUAAUAAUGUCAGUCUCGAUAUUUACGUAACCUUUUACAUAAUCACUGUAAAGAAAAGGGAUGAAAAUAUUGUUAAUCUUGCAUCUUCUGUGUUUUUAUUACAAAGCUUGGAUGGUGUUUGAACUAAAAGUUAUUUAGCAUUGAUGAUAAGAAGUAUAAAAACAUCUAUUUAUUGUUUUAAACACCCGAUAAAUAAAACAUUUUAUGUUA